AAAAUAUGUAAACAAAUCUCGCAAAAAGUCAAUGGCUGCAUUUAAAAGCAACGACGCUCCUUUUGCGGAGAGGCCCUCCACUUUCAGAGGCUAUAAGUGGACCAACUGGGAGGACUGUGGGUUUUCAGACAGAGUCAAUCACGCAAUGAGCUCUGCCGAUGGAUCUGCCUAUGCUCUUGGCGGAUUCAGCGGCAGAGGGAAGUCCAUUAGAACCAACGAGACCUGGAAUGACCUUGGAGACGUACCAUUAGAUGUACAGAGGUUCGAUACUGAUUCAUCAACGUGGGAGAGGAUAUAUCCUCCUAAAGAAGUUGAAAUACACAUACCUUCUACUACUAACAGCAGAAUAGACUGUCCUCCUCUGGACUACAGUGAAUUCAUAUCAGGACGCUAUGCUCAUUCCUGCAUAUACUACAGGGGGAAACUCUACAUGUAUGGUGGUAGAAAUGAUUAUAGGUUCUUCCUCAAUGUCGACUGUUUUGAUAUUGAAUCAAGGAAGUGGUCUGUGUUAAAAACUCCGCAGGACAAUGUGCCAUUAGGUAAGUAAUUUAUCAAGAAUGCUAUCACAGCAUUUUCGGAUGCAUACUGCCCUUGUGAAAAUU